AUGGAUGUGAAGUGCUCAGGAUGCUACCAAACCACCACCAUCUUUAGCCACGCACAAAUGGUUGUUUUGUGUGUUGGCUGUUGCACUGUCCUCUUCCAGCCUACAGGAGGAAAAGCACGGCUUACAGAAGGAUGUUCCUUCAGACGGAAGCAGCCUUAA